CAGACCAAUGACCAUAGAGCCCAUCGUAGAGGCCAAGCCGGAUUCUCUGUCUAUUCAUGUUCCGACAAAUGUUUGCCUCACUGCCCAAAAUGAUGUUCUGCCGGCAGACAACAAUGAGCCCACUAUUCGGCUUCUACACAACAUCAACAACCGGCUAGCACGGCUGGAACAGCUUCUCAUUUCUGAGGAAUCCACUCCAGCGACGCUACAAAGCACCAUACCGGGUACCAUCAUAUCCUCUGCUGAUGCCUUGUGUCCGCAGUCUCUAGCCACACGGUUCAUUCGUUCCAUUCCUUCCCGAGCCAUUGCAGCGGCGCGAAACGCCGUGCUAAGACAGCUACAGAGUUUUGCGAUCACGACCGUUUCCAGCUUGCUCAUGUUUCUUUGGAUACGAAAGCUGCGCAAGGUUUUUCUGAAAUGGGCAAUUUUGCUACUCUUCAAGACGGCGGAAUGGACCCGGCACGAGAAUAUGAGAGCGUUUAGAAAGGCUGGCCAAAAGGCACUAAUGGUGGCGACUCGUAUCCUUCAAUAGUGUUACAUAGUGUUACAUAUCUCCUUUAGCUACAUAGAAUAUAAAGCAUCUAUAGAGGCGGAAACGGUUGGAUGUUGGUCUGUGGACAAUACAGCCGGCAACCAUAGGUGAAUCCUUUCUCCAAAGAUCAUCGCUGAGUGUAUCGGCAGCCGAAC